CUGCGUGCCUCGCCUGCCAAAGGCGGAUCCGCCCCUCCGCCCGCGAGCUACAGCGCCCCGCGCGCGGCCACAGCGCUCCGCCCGAGCCGCCGCCAGAGAGCCGCGGGAAGCGGGGCUGCACGGGCGGCGGCGUCGCGCGUCCUCCCGGAGCCCUCCGCCUGCUGCCGGCCCCUGCUCUCCCUCCCGCGUCGGGCCCGGGGGCUCCGCGGCUGUUAGGGACCGCGGCGAAGAGGGAAGGACGGUCUUGCGUGCCGUGGAUGCUCCGCCCGGGAGAGACAGCAAGUUGUGAGUGCGCCCCGGCGCCGGGAGAGAAGGUGGCCGCCGCCCGCCAGCCAUGGACCAUCUUCCUUACUGCACAGGAAGGGAAGUUGAUGCCCAGUAGGACUGAAGAUCCGUUCUGUUAAUAGACACUCUCCCAUCACAGAACUGUGGAUUACCUGUGGGUCCCCGGUGGUUUCACACCUUCACUCCCUCCUGCAGACCCAGAACAGUUACUUUGGGUCCUCUUUGCCCCGUCUGGUGAAAGAUGGCAUCCAGUCUGACUUGCACCGGGGUCAUCUGGGCUUUGCUCUCGUUUCUUUGUGCUGCCACCUCCUGCGUGGGGUUCUUCAUGCCUUACUGGCUCUGGGGAUCUCAGCUGGGCAAGCCUGUGUCCUUCGGUACUUUCCGGAGGUGCUCGUAUCCCGUGCACGAUGAGAGUCGGCAGAUGAUGGUGAUGGUGGAGGAAUGUGGGCGCUACGCCUCCUUCCAGGGCAUCCCCAGCACAGAAUGGAGGAUUUCUACCAUCGUGACAGGCCUGGGCUGUGGCCUCCUCCUGCUUGUGGCGCUCACCGCCCUUAUGGGCUGCUGUGUGUCGGAGCUCAUCUCCCGGACAGUGGGAAGAGUGGCUGGAGGAAUUCAGUUUCUGGGGGGCCUGUUGAUCGGUGCUGGCUGUGCCCUGUACCCCCUGGGCUGGGACAGUGAGGAGGUCCGGCAGACUUGUGGCUACAUUUCUGCCCAGUUUGACCUGGGUAAGUGUGAAAUCGGUUGGGCCUACUACUGCACGGGAGCAGGUGCUGCCACCGCCAUGCUGCUAUGCACAUGGCUGGCUUGCUUCUCAGGCAAGAAACAGAAACAGUACCCAUACUGAGAUGGAGCCACCAAGAGCAAACAGAGGAGAAGACGGGCUGAAGGGGCUGGGAGGGACUGAAGCAUCCAGCUAUUCUCAAAAGGUGGAAUAGUGGUUCUAAACCAUACAACACUAACGAAAUGAAACCCAGUGGAAUUAAAAACAUUAUACCAUGGGGAAGGGUUGUGCAAGGUUUGUGAAAGAAAUGUAGAGCAUGGAAUGAUAGAGAAAAAUGGACCAAAGGCUAAAAAUAUUGCAGGGUGUUGGGUGUUUCUAUCCCACAGAGUAUUGUUGAUGUAGAACACACACAUACACAAAACAAAUCUAUAUAUGCAGCAAACAAGGAUUUUUUUUUUUUAAGGAUGAUGACUCAGAGAAUCGAAAGGGCUAGGAGAAACAGUAUUAGGUUGGGAAGCAGGGUAACGCACAGACGUUCCCAGUAAGUCACGGCAUUUCUGAAAGCACACGAGCACAUACAGAUGUACGCAUCCACACACAUGCCCACACACAGACAUUUAAAUUGUUGCACAGUCUGUAUGAGAGGGUUAGCAGUGCGUUACUCCUCUGUUUUCUUUUUAAUACACAUUUAAAAUACCAUAUUAUCACUUUAUAAAGUAUACAUUAAACCUAAUAAAUGGACCAAUAAGCCACUCUUAUCAGUAUUUUGUAUACUCUGCAUAAACUCUUUAUGCCCUCAACGUGUUUUCAGUGUUUAUGCAGAUCUUUAGAAUUAAGCCUUUGUAUUUCAAUAUUAUUCAAAAAAUAUGCAAUAUUUCUCUGAGUAGUUUCUGCUAUGGUAUUCUUACGAAGUAAAGGGGCAACUUUCUGUCCACUGUAGGAGAGAAUUCAGUUGAAGAUGUGAGAGUAAUGAGAGACAUUUUCCAGUCACUAGAUCUUGUUUUCUUUCAUCCAUUAUUGUACUGUGCUGUACCACAUUUAUUCCAAUAUUCAUUUUGUAAAAAAUAAAAACGUGCUAUUUUGUUUGUAUUUGAAAAGCUCUGUGAAUAAAUUCUCUCUUUGAUCAGUA